AUGCUUACACGUAAAGCCUUUGCUCGCCGGGAGGAGUCCCAACUCCAACUGGCUUUGAGAGAUUUGAAGGCAGCCAAAGACUUGAUUGAGCAAUUAAAUAGGGAAAGAGAGGACAAUGAGAGGGAGCUGAUGGAUGUGUGGGAUAAAAACAAGCAUUUAAAGAAAGAGAUGGCUGAGCUGCACACCAACUAUGAGACAAUUGUAGAGGAACGGAAUAGGCUACAAUUAAUCAUUGACGGGUUUGCCAUGAUAACUCGGGCUCAAAGAAAAGCACAAGGUAAUAAAUCGGGUAUGGCCGAGGCUACGCAGCCCAUACGGGGCUCCCCUCACGCCGCCGCACCCGACCCCGCACCAGUCGCGACCACCCCCGCGGCGGCCGCCGACGCGGCAUCUGUUACAGGAUCGUUAUCUUGUUCAUCGACCACCGUUCGGGCACGCAUCCUCGCCGUGCAAGCUAAGUUCGCUCGCAGAGCUGCCGACGCAGAGCGAGCGCGCGUGGAAGCGGAACGCGUGCGUGCCGCUGAAGAAAGAGCGCGGUUAGAAGCUGCCGAAGCCGUGGCGAGUGAGCUUGAGCUGCAAGCGGAACUCGCCCAUAUAGAAGCCAGCUUCAGCCGAUCUCGCUCCAGUCGUCACAGCACCCGCAAUCUUACGGAGUGGUUGGAGGAUACGGCGCCUUCAAAUCAGGCAUCGUCUACCAGCAGGUUUGCCUCUCCGGGUGCGCCUAUCUCUGCGUGCCCAGGUAAAUCUGCCCUUGUUAACGUGCCUAUUUUAGGACAACCUGGAGCUGCCACCGGGGAUGCGCCUACCUCUGCGCAUCCCGGCCGUUCCAUUUCUAUGGUUGUCGCGCCCCUUGACCCAACCCUCCUGCUCGCCGGUCCCAGUGUCCCGCAGGAACACCUGUUACCUGUCCGCACUUUAUCUGAACGGCCCAUAAACAAAUCGUUGUGCACCACAGCCAUCGGUUCUUCGCCAUCUGUAAAUAAUCAUCCAUCACAAUCUAAAGGGACCGCUCGUAGCCUGUUGAAGCCAAUGGCAGCCGCUGCAGCGUUAACACUCCGAAAUGGUUGGAGAAUACGGCGCCUUCAAGUCGGGCAUCACAUAUCUACAGCUCUGCCUCUCCGGGCGCGCCUAUCUCUGCGGGCCCAGGUAGAGCUGCCGCAGGUUUCCCUCUCCGGGCGCGCCUAUCUCUGCGUGCCCAGAUUUUGUGCCAGUCUUGAACGGAUUACCUUCACAAUCAAAGUGAAAGUCAAACAUCCAUCCGAAGGAUUUAAAUUACCACAAAUUCAGAUCUCAAAAUUUGACGGUACUUAUUUCCGAUGGUUGGAAUUCCAUGAUACUUUUGAAAGUUUAAUACAUAAUAACAGUAGAAUAUCUCCCAUUCAUAAAUUCCAUUAUCUUGUUUCCUACCUAGAAGGGGAAGCAGCCAGGAUUAUAUCAAAUUUUGAAAUAUCGUCAGCAAACUAUGAACAAGCUUGGCAGCUUCUCUGCGAUCGUUAUAAUAAUAAGCGUCUUUUGAUAAACCAUCACCUAAAUUCAUUAUUAAAUAAUAUUCAGCCACUAUCGCGUGAAUCUGAAAAAUCAUUACGCUUUAUGGUUGACCAUAUGACUAAAAAUUUACGCGCGUUGUCCAGCUUAGGCCAACCUACCGAUCAAUGGGACAUGUUGCUUAUUUUCAUAUUUUCAGCUAAACUAGACAAUCAUACCUUAACUAAGUGGGAAGAGUACCGCAAUACUCUCCAAGAUAUGCCUACACUUAGUCAAUUUCAUAAGUUUUUAAUUGACCGCGCAGACGUGUUAGAAUCUAUUAAUAGAAACAAGUACGAUAACAGCAAUCACAAUAGGAAUGCGCUCCCAACGCCGCGCAGCUACGACGCGCGCAACAAUAACAAGGGAAUGACUCAUACUAAGGCGCUCUCUAGUGUUCAUGAACAGGAAUCGCAUAAUUUUGUGUGCAUUAUUUGCGGUGGCAAUCAUAGAAUCUACAAUUGUUCUAUUUUUAAAGCCAAAAGCGUUCAGGAGAAACUUAAUGACGUUAAAAAAUACAAAUUGUGCGCUAACUGUUUGAGACAAGGUCACUCAAUUAGUGAUUGCCGUAUGGGACCAUGUCGUGAAUGCAAAAAUAGGCACAACACCUUGCUUCACGCUCCCACAACUAUAUCCAACGUUACGAUAGACACGUCUGACUCCACACUUUCCAAUUAUUGCACACAAAAUCAGCAGAUACUUUUAUCUACAGCUUUGAUUGAAGUUCGUAACCCAAACACAAAUCAAUCAAUGAAGGUUCGAGCUCUGUUAGACUGUGGAAGUCAAUCUUCAUUUAUCACAAAAUCACUGCAAAACAGGUUAGGUUUAAAUUGUAACACGUUAAAUAAUCUCAAGGUCAUAGGAAUAGGCAACAGCUGUUCCAACCGUGCUGUCAAAAGCUGCUCGGUCCAACUAAAUUCACUCAACACAUCAUUUAGCGCACAACUAACAUGUCUUGUGCUGGAUGAGCUAACCACUGAGCUUCCGAAAGCUCCUAUUAACAUUAAACAUCUUAAUUUACCAUCACAUCUUGUUUUGGCCGAUCCAACCUUUCACCAGCCGUCGAAGGUUGAUGUUCUGAUUGGAGCCGAUAUAUUCUGGGAUAUUUUAGAUAACGAACAAUACUCACUAGGUGCCCAGAAUCCCAANAAAUUUAUUUACGUCAAAUAA